GAAGCGAGCUUCCCGCAACCCCCGAGCCAAUCACGACUCUCUUCGGACGAGAAGAGAGAGAACGAAGAAGAUGGCAAUUGUAGACAGCAUUGUCAGUCUCUUUCUUCUCACUAUGCUCAUUCUCAUCGUCGUCCUUGUCUUCUUUGCCUGUAAACCAUGGCGCUUCCUUUUCUCUUCCCGGCCCCGUUCCUCCAUCAAGGGUAAUGAACUUGAGAGGCCUCUUGUCUUAGAUGAUGCAAAUUUGGUGCAUAACCCAAGUAGUGAAUUGCCUAUAGACUAUGAUCUUGAGGGUGCAUCCAUCCCCAAUGAAGGUUAUUUUCGCCCACCGCGACCCCCUGGACUUAUUUAUAAGCAAAGGCUUUCUGCUGCUUCUUGCCACAUGCCUCAAGAUGUAGUUUCUGUUCCCUCAGAAGACGUUGCUGUUGGCCAGACACUUAAACUGUCCCCAGCCCAGUUUGCAGAGUUUCAGAAGCAUAAUAAAAAUUUUGAAACUGACAGACUGCAAGACUUUGUACAGAGAGAUAUAAUAGAUCAAAGUGCAGGAAGUUGCCUCACUCUAGAGGUGAUCACUGGUCCUUCUCGUGGACUCCGUUGUUCUGUACAAUCAGCAAUUCCAUCCAAGCUACCGCUGACCCUGGGAAGAGUUUCCCCAAGUGAUUUGUUAAUAAAGGAUUCAGAAGUGUCAGGAAAGCAUGCCCUAAUAAACUGGAAUUUGGAGAAAAUGAAAUGGGAGUUGGUAGAUAUGGGUAGCCUUAAUGGGACACUUUUGAAUUCUCAACCAAUCAAACAUUUAGACCCCGGAAGCAGGCAAUGGAGUAAUCCAAUUGAGCUUGCUAAUGGAGAUAUCAUAACACUGGGAAUGACAUCAAAAGUAAUUGUUCAUAUUACUUCUCAAAAUAAGAUUCACAUUCCCUUUGGAGUUGGUAUGGCAUCAGAUCCCAUGUCUAGGCGUCGAGGAGGGAAAAAGCUGGCCAUGGAAGAUGUUUGCUAUUAUCAAUGGCCUUUACUUGGGUUAGAUAAGGUUCUGGAUUUAUACACAGUGCUUGUUCUGUCAAGCUUGCAGUUUGGUCUGUUUGGCGUUUGUGAUGGGCAUGGUGGAGAUGGGGCUGCCAGAUCUGCUAGCAAACUUUUCCCUGAGAUAGUUGCAAAUAUAUUAUCAGAUUCACUAAAAAGAGAGAAGGUUGUAUCACUCUGUGAUGCUUCAGAUGUUCUAAGGGAUGCAUUUUCUCAAACAGAAGCUUGCAUGAAUCACUAUUAUGAGGGAUGUACAGCUACAGUGCUUCUAGUUUGGGGUGAUGGCAAUGAAAAUUUCUUUGCACAAUGUGCAAAUGUUGGAGACUCUGCCUGCGUUAUGAAUGUUGAUGAUAAAGAAAUUAGGAUGACGGAAGAUCAUAAGGUGACAAGUUGUUCUGAAAGGCUACGAAUUGAAGAGACAGGCGAACCUCUGAGAGAUGGGGAAACACGUCUAUAUGGUAUAAAUCUUGCGAGGAUGCUUGGAGACAAAUUUCUUAAACAGCAGGAUUCUCGUUUCAGUUCAGAGCCUUAUAUAAGUCAAGUUGUGCACAUUGAUCAGGCAAGCAGGGCUUUUGCCAUACUAGCAAGUGAUGGGCUAUGGGAUGUCAUGAGCGGGAAGAAAGCAAUUCAGCUAGUGCUUCAGAUGAGAGACAAGUACUCGACAGAUGAUGAUAAUUCAGCGGAAAAGAUUGCAAAUUUGCUGUUGAGUGAGGCUAGAACACUCAGAACAAAGGAUAACACCUCAGAAAUGGUAUAUGUGGUGCUUUCCUCAGAUCGCCUUCCUUUUUCUGUGUCGUCUCAUGCUCAAUCUGCGGAAUCAAUAAUUCUUCGCCAAUUACUUCUCCUGCCCUCUUUUCUUUUUCUCCUCCUCGUCCUUCGCCAUUUCAGAUGUUUGACAUUUCGGUUUUAAACUUGAAUCAUACAAUGCGAAGAGAACACACAGUAAAGGGAGGAGGUUGGUAUCAUAUAAUAACUUGAAUCAGACAAUAAGCACU